AUGAAACCCACGCACAACGCCAUCUCAACCUCGGGGCAAAAGAUUGUUUCUUUUACAUUCGAUACUAUCGGCUUCUUCGCUCGCAGCAUGGCGGAUCUGCAGUUACUGGCAGAUGUCUUUUCCCUCUGUGACGACCAGCGCCCAGGAAAGGUAUGCUUGGACGAUAUCUCAGUCGCUCUUGUUAAGACACCGAUGUGGUCACAUGCUGGACCUGGUACUAUGAACGCCAUGGAGAAAACAGCCGCCAUCCUGCAAAACCACGGUGUAAGAGUGGAAGAGGUGUCCCUACCGGAUGUCUUUGGUGACGCAGACAAUCUAACGCGCUCUCAAAACGCAAUUAUCGACGCUGAGGCCGCCCUCGCUUUCCACGAAGAAUACCGUCUACACAAGGAUGGUUUGGACGUCUCAAUUCGGAAUCUAGUAGAAAACCACUCCAAACACGCUGAUGCAGAAAAAGAGAAAAGCGAAGCACUGGAAAAGCACACGCAUCUACGUACACUAUUCGACACGAUAGCGACCAAGUAUUCUGUCAUCAUCGCGCCAAGUGCUGUAGAUGAGGCGCCGGUGGGGCUUAACGAUAUGGGGAGUCCGGUGUUCAAUACGAUGUGGACGACCAAUGGACACAAGAUCAAGUUCACAGGGCAGUAG